AUGUCACAGACAUCUCCGUCAUCACUGCCAGAUGCGGACGUCAUACAAAUAGGUCCGCUCGUGCCAACAAAAAUACUCAACAUAAGUAUAAUUAAUGUAAAUAAUAAUAAUAAUAUUAAUAAUAAUCAAAACAAUCAGACGACUUAUCACGAAGUCGAUACAAUACCGACAAGAACGGGAGGAGAUGAACAAUUUCGAUGUCAUCAUAUCGAUUAUCAAUAUGAUGUUGUAAUGGCGACCAUCUGCUCAAUGUAUUUAAUUUUUGGAAUCAUUUAUAGUUUUUUCGGUUACAGAUGUUUCAAAGCCAUCAUGUUUCUUACGGGAUUUAUAUUCGGGUCCAUAAUAGUUUAUUUGAUAUGCUUACAAGAAAAAUUGUUGCCUAGCUACGGAAAUGCAGGAGUAGCCAUUUCGGCUGGAAUAUUAUUCGGAUUAAUAACAAUGUUAGUACAAUACGUUGGUCUUUUCAUGACCGGUUUUCACACGGGUUUAUUCGGUGCCGUGGUUGCCGUUGUUGUUGCCGAACAAUGUAGUCAAAUAACAAGCGUUUGGAUGACUACUGGAAUAUUAUUAUCGGGUGGCCUACUUUUUGCCAUAUUAAAUUUAUAUUGGCAAAAAGGUUUGACGAUAGUUGGUACGAGCGUUUACGGAGGAGCCAUUAUUUCGGUAUCCUUAGAUUAUUUCGUUGAAAAAUUACAAAUGUUACAAUGGAUAUGGAGUAGAUUAGCGUUAAGAGAAUAUUUUCAACCCUGCUGGUUUAGCUGGUUGCUUCUUUCAAUUUGGCCUUUUAUGGUAAUCGUCGGUCUCAUAACACAAUUCACUGUAACUGGAAUUGGUAUACACCACGAAGAAAUGAUGCCUUCCAAAAAUACACCGGUUCAAAGGGUGAGAACGAGAGAACAAAGAGCUGAAAUGAGACAAAAAAAAUAUAGAUAUUUUUAUCAAGUUCGAACGGCUCACGGAGAUAGUUUCGUUCAAGCAAUACAAAGAAAAGCCCUCACGUCAAAUUUAUGCGAUCAGGGAGACAUGAACACAUUGCAAAGUGAUUCCACACAUUUGAGUCAUUUACCAAGCGAACAAACAGCACAAUUGGCUGCUCUUACAGAAUCCGAAGAUGAUUUAAACGACAGCCAUAAAACAUCAUCCAACAUAAUGGCUCCUCUUCCUCCUCCUUCUCUUCAUGACACCGAAUCAAAUGUCAGUUAUAAAAAUUAUCGAUAG